UUAUAAAAAUAGAAAGUCCAAAAUUCCAAUAGAGCAGCAGACAAUAUAAUUUGAAUCAAAAGAAUGGUGCAACCAAAAACUCUGCUCAUUUUCUUUCUAUUCUUAUCUCUGCUCCUGUUUAUUGAAACCAAACAUAAUCAUGAAGAAGAAGAAGAAGUUGUAAAUAGAUCGAUGUUUCCUGAUGAUUUUAUUUUCGGGGUCUCAACUUCAGCUUACCAGGUUGAAGGAGCGUACCUAGAAGAUGGAAAGGGCCUCAGUAAUUGGGAUGUUUUCACUCAUCUUCCUGCAAACACCGUUCGGGGACAAAAUGGAGAUGUUGCGGAUGAUCACUACCAUCUUUACAUGGAAGAUAUUGAUAAAUUGGAGUAUCUUGGAGUAAAUGCUUAUCGAUUAUCAAUCUCAUGGUCCAGAAUUCUACCAAGAGGAAGGUUCGGCGAAGUCAACCCAAAAGGAGUCUUGUUUUACAACAAUAUUAUUGACAAUAUGUUGCUUAAAGGAAUCGAGCCAUUUGUGACGAUAAAUCACUUUGAUAUACCACAAGAGCUUGAGGAUAGAUAUGGAAGUUGGCUUAGUCCUCAAAUGCAGGAAGAUUUUGUCCAUUUUGCGAAGGUAUGUUUUGAGAAGUUCGGUGAUAGAGUGAAGAAAUGGGUUACAAUAAAUGAGCCGAAUAUAUAUACUCAGUUCGCUUAUAUGUACGGAACAUUUUCACCAAUGCGUUGUUCACUUCCUUUCGGUAACUGUUCUGCUGGUAAUUCAGACCUCGAACCUUUAAUCGCUGCUCACAACAUGUUGAUAUCUCACGCCAAGGCCGUUAAACUAUAUCGAGAGCAAUUUCAGCCUAAGCAAGGUGGAAUUGUCGGCUUAGUGGCGAAUGCCUUCCAUUAUGAACCAUACACGGACGAUAUAUUCAGCUACCAAGCAGUAGAAAGGUCCUAUGCUUUUAAUGUUGCCUGGAUAUUUGAUCCCUUAAUACACGGAGAUUAUCCUCCCUUAAUGCGGAAAUAUGUUGGAAAUGACCUACCAAAGUUUAGUAAACAAGAAAAGAAAUUGUUGAAAGGAAGUGUGGAUUUCUUAGGCGUAAAUCAUUACACAACCUUUUAUGCAAUUGACUGUUUCAAUUCCGAUGAAUGCACCUUAAUGGAUAAUCGCCCCAAUAGAGGUUUUGUUGCUAGAGCUAUUGCUAGGGACGGCAUCCCAAUGGGAGACCAGACUGGAGUUUCUGGGUUUCAAGUAGUACCCCAUGGAAUGGAGAAGGUUCUGAAUUAUUUUAGUAUGAGAUAUCCAAAUACCAGUAUUUACAUCACUGAAAAUGGAUAUUGCCCACCGAAUCAUCUAGAAGGAUCAGAGAUGCUACAUGAUUUCAAAAGGAUUGAAUUCCACAAAGCAUAUCUCGCAGCUUUGGCCAACGCUAUGAGGAAAGGAGCUAAAGUAAAAGGCUAUUUUGCAUGGAGUUUCAUGGACAAUUACGAAUGGCUAAAAGGUUAUAACACCACAUUUGGACUCUAUUAUGUGGACCGGAGGACCAUGCAACGAAAGGCCAGACUCUCCGCCAAGUGGUAUAAAGAUUUCAUCGAAAAUGCUGAAAAAUCAUCCACUAUUAGUACAUUUUAACACCCUUCAUAGUUCACUCUUGUUUCAUUCUGUAUCUUUGUAUAAUCUUAAGUUGCUUCGUUUUAAUUUAUUUGUAUAAUCUUAAGUUGCUUCAUUCGUUUUAAUCUAUUGUAUAAUUUCAAAACACGUACACCGACACCAGCUUAUGCAUACAUUGAUAUGAAAGUCUCAAAUGAUUUAAGAAUUCACAUGAUUGCAUCUAAA